CUCGCCUUUGCCCGCUGCCUCGCAGUCGCAGCUUCGGAGCUUCCUCCCCGCCGUGGUUGCCAUGUCGCGCCCACACGACGCCGCCUCGACCGUCCAACCCAACGCCGCCUCCAUCGCCCAACCCAGCGGCAAUGCCGCCUCCCAACCCAGGCUCAACCCAAUCCCGAUCCCGUUCGCGGGCCCCUACCAAACCCUCGGCGCUCCGCCGCCGGUGCCGUACCCGGCGCCCUUCUACCACACGUGGCGGCCCCCAGCAUUCCCGCCCGUCAUGCCACCCGCCGCUUUCCGCGGGCCUAGCAUAUACCUGCCUCCGGCAUGGCCGCCGGGUGUAUUGGGUCCGUACCCAGGCACCGCCUUCCCCCCAUUCGUAGAUCCGAGGUAUUUUACACAGUAUCCUAUCCGUCCAGGGCCUCCAGGCUCACCUCAAAGCCUCAUGUAUCCUCCUGGUGUUAUCUCGCAUCAACGACCAGCGGUAAUUCAUGGCGUUUCUGAUCCUGUGGCUGCGGCCAGACCACCUGUCCCACCUGUUGCUCCAGCAGAUAUACUACAAUUUAAUGUAUACAUAGGCAAGAUAGCGUCAACAGUGGACAAGGAUUUUAUUCUUUCUCUUCUCCAGGUUUGUGGACCUGUAAAAAGUUGGAAGCCAGUCACAAAUCCCAUAGAUGGAACUCCUACUGCAUUUGGCUUUUGUGAGUUUGAGUCUGCUGAAAGCAGUCUUCGUGCAAGGCGGUUGCUCAACAAACUGAGUGUUGAUGGCCAAGAACUGGUGCUUAAUGUCAAUCAAUCCACCAGAGAUUACCUUCAGAAACAUGGAGGUAGAACUAUAGAAGAGAAGGCCAGUGAAGCUGAUAAGGACGCUAUUCAAAAGAUACGCAGUAUGAUUAUAGAGAGAUUGAAGAGUAAACUUCCAGGUUCACCAAUUCCGCCAAUUCAGGUGUCUGCCAAUGUCAGUAUUGUUGAUGAGAAUGAAGAUGGUGAUACAAGGAGUAGUGCACUGGAGGAGAGAGAAAUCACGAGACAAUGUGAAAAAGAGAAACAUUUAGGGAAAAGUAAAGCUGUUGGUUUGCAAGGUCGGAAAGAGAGAGAAGUGACUGCAGCUAGAAAGUCUUCUUUGCAAAUUGAUGCGCUUAAUGUCAAUGCAGACACGUAUCUUCAGAAAUAUGGUCAGAGUACUACAGAAAAGAAGGCCAAUGAAGCUGAUAAGGAUGCAAUGCAAAAGAUACACAGUACGGUUGAAGAAAGAAUGAAGAGUAAAUGUCCAGGUUCACCAAUUCCGCCAGUUCAGGUGUCUGCCAGUCCUUUAUCACUGAGUGGUCAUUUAGGGGCCUUAGCUGGUGAUCCGGGCUGUUUCCCUCUCGACGAUGAAGUUGUUGACGAGAAUAGUGAUGUUGAUUCCAGAAGUAUUGCACUAGAGGAGAGGAAAAUCAGGAGACAAUGCGAAAAAGAGGACCAUUUAAGGGAAAGGACAGCUGUGGGUUUGCAAUGUUGGAAAGAUAGAGAAGUGACUGCAGCUGGAAAGUCCUCUCUGCAAACUGAUGGGGCAUCAACAAUGUAUGCCCCUAUGGAGUGUGAACCUACAGUUGAACAUGGGACGAAAAGUCAGCACAGGGAAAUAGAUGGGUUUCAUAGGAGCAACGGCAAAGAGAGGCGUAUUGUGUUUGCACCAGGCCUACUCUCAUAUGAACAGAUCAGCAAUGCGGGAAAGAAAGUGGGUUAUGAAUUGCAAGCUACAUCCAAGCCAGGGAAAAAUAAAACUUUGGAUGCAAAACAGUUGCUUGAUACUGUCCCUAAGGAGAAGGAAGAGCUAAAACAGUUGCUUGCUACUGUCCCUAAGACGAAGGAAGAGCUAUUUUCCCAUGAUAUCAAUUGGGCAAUUUAUGAAGAGCAUGGAUUGCAUGAGAGAAUGAGGCCUUGGAUUUCAAGGAAGUUCACGGAAAUUUUCGACGCGGAGUUGCCAGAGUUUGUGGACUAUGUCGUCAAAACCAUGAAAGAACAUGUGAGUGCACCCAGAAUGGUGGAGCUCUUUUUGUCUCUGUUGGAUGAUGACACGGAGAGGUUUGUCGUCUUGAUGUGGAGGAAAUUGAUAUUUGAAAUCAAGAGAGUCGAAACAGAACUAGAAGGAACAAGGCCAUGCCAGUGCGCCGCUGCUCAAGGUGGUGUGUAGAUUGGAAGAAGCUUGCUCCUCUGAGCUGCCGCAGUUGCUGACCUGUACAUGUUGCAGUCGAGCAGUCGGUUUGGGCAAUGUUUGCGUUCCUGCUCUUGGCUGUCAUUUGGUUCGUUGAACUUUUGACGCUAUCUUGGACUUGGACUUUCACUUAACUCUGUCAAUGUAUGGAGACUUGCCAUGCUGACAGUAGCAGAAAGCACAUUGGCGGUGCCAGCUUUUCUUUUAUCUUGUAAAAUCAGUUAACUGAGACUUAAGUAUCUUUCCGCGUUUUUU